GGGGACCCCACGAUCGCCCUCGGACGCACGGACGGACGCGGGCGGAGCGCGGCGCCGGCAUGGUCCUGGAGGUGGGCGUCCUGGACGCCGCGGCGCUGCGGGCGCUGCUGCGGGAGCGCGCGGCGCAGUGCCUGCUGCUCGACUGCCGCUCCUUCUUCGCCUUCAACGCCGGCCACAUCGCGGGCUCGGUGAACGUGCGCUUCAGCACCAUCGUGCGGCGCCGCGCCAAGGGCGCCAUGGGCCUGGAGCACAUCGUGCCCAACGCCGAGCUGCGGGGCCGCCUCCUGGCCGGCGCCUUCCACGCCGUGGUGCUGCUGGACGAGCGCGGCGCCGCCCCGGACGCCGCCAAGCGCGACGGCACCCUGGCCCUGGCGGCCGGCGCGCUGCGCCGCGAGGCGCGCGGGACCCCGGUGCUGGUCCUGCAAGGAGGAUAUGAGGCGUUUUCGACUUCCUGUCCCGAGCUGUGCAGCAAACAGACGACCCCCCUGGGGCUCAGCCUUCCCCUGAGCACCAGCGUCCCCGACAGCACCCAGUCCGGGUGCAGCUCCUGCAGCACCCCGCUCUAUGAUCAGGGUGGCCCCGUGGAGAUCCUGCCCUUCCUGUAUUUGGGAAGUGCGUACCACGCUUCCCGAAAGGACAUGCUGGAUGCCCUGGGCAUCACCGCCUUGAUCAACGUCUCAGCCAACUGUCCUAACCAUUUUGAGGGUCACUACCAGUACAAGAGCAUUCCCGUGGAAGACAGCCACAAGGCGGAUAUCAGCAUCUGGUUCAAUGAGGCGAUCAACUUCAUAGACUCCAUCAAGAACGCUGGAGGGAGGGUGUUCGUCCACUGCCAGGCGGGCAUUUCCCGCUCAGCGACCAUCUGCCUUGCUUACCUCAUGAGGACUAAUCGCGUGAAGCUGGACGAGGCCUUUGAGUUCGUGAAGCAGAGGCGGAGCGUCAUCUCCCCCAACUUCAGCUUCAUGGGGCAGCUGCUGCAGUUCGAGUCCCAGGUCCUGGCCCCUCACUGCUCGGCCGAGGCCGGAAGUCCCGCCAUGGCAGUGCUGGACCGAAGCGCAUCCACCACCACCGUGUUCAACUUCCCGGUCUCCAUCCCUGUGCACCCCGCAAACAGUGCUCUGAGCUACCUGCAGAGCCCUAUCACCACCUCACCCAGCUGCUGAAGAGCCACGAGGGGUGACCUGUAGUACCGGAACUUACUCUAGGCUCCGUGCAAGGAACGAAGCAAUAACCCCCCCUCCCCUGGAAGGGGGUCCCCGGGCCUGCUGGUCUUGUCAUUUCAUUCACUUGGUUCCAAAUAAGCAGUCAUGAAUGAUGGCUUUGGCUACAAGAAGUUGGUUAAACUGAGCACAUUGGGGACCAAUCUAUAACUUGGGGGGUGUUUCUCAGACCCCAAUGACAGAAUGCGGCACAAAAGAUUGUAUGAACUCAUUUUUGUUUUGUUUUUGGCUUGGCCCUGUUGGUUUUUUUUUCCCCCCCUUCUAGAAAUUUCUUCAUGCUUGACAUAACUCCCAGUAUUAUCAUUCCUGACCACGUACACGUAUGAGACUGUAUCUUAUUUAUUUUUGUGAAGGUGACCUGCUUUCACUCAUUUCCGUGUCUACUCCUAGCUGGAACAAAUACCUCAAUUUUUUUGUUUUUGUUUUCUGUGUGUGUUCAGUGUCUUGUCAUGUAAAUAGACCCUAUGCCGGUUGGUUUUCAGAACUGAUGGGAAACACCAGUGUGUGUGUGUGUGUCUUUUAAGUUGCCAACAGUUGAAUGUUUGCUGAUUAUUUAUGACCUGAAAUAAUAUAUUUCUUCUUCUGAGAAGACAUUUUUUGGUAUAUAAUAAGAAUGACUUUUUUUUUAUACAACAGAAUAAAUUAUGGCGUUUCUAUUGAAA